ACACGAUCUGCCACCCCCUCCCCACGUUUUAGAUAUUGGAUUGUGUAGUGGGGACUGGGGAUAAACUGGCAUUUGGCUGCCUAUGCAAUCCGCUACGCAGUGAUUUGGAAGGAAGCCUGUUUGGAUUGGUGCGCACCCUUUAACAUCUCUGGUGUGUCCGGAGUGGAGGCUAAAGUACUUGGUUGCUUUCUUUUAGUUUUCAACAUUGCGAUGGACAAUUUAUUUAUAUUGUUGGUAUUGAGAUUUUUGGUAUUAUGGAAAGCCACACAGCCGGUUUCACCAAGGCAAGCCGCGGUAAUUGGCAAAAUGGAAACAAAACAAGUCGUCUCCUUGCUCGAAUGGAACGCGCCCAUUGUCCACCAGUGACAGACGUUAAGCUCGUGACUGAAGCCUAUCGCAAACAUCGUCCCCUUUUCUUCUCUUACCAGCUCCGAGCCAUUUGCAAUUUUGCCAUUAUCAUUUGUGGACCGCGCUAGUUUGCCAUUGGACCCACAAAUCAUAGACACAGUCACACAGAUGGUCUCACAAGUCAUAGAGACGGGAUGAAGAGCCAAAUCUGAGAGUGGCAAAUUAGCAUUUUUUUCUGCUGCACCCAUGGCAAGAACGACAUCCCCAGCGUCCUCGACUUGGACUUCAACUUCUCUUUGCGCUUCCUGUCGCCGUCUGCCACCGCCACGUACUCUGCCGACGAGCUCUUCCACAACGGCCACAUCCGCCUCGCCGCCGCACUGCUGCACGCGGUCGGGACCUGAACACGGACCCAGCCGCGGACGCGCAGCAUGAGCAGGCGGACGAGCGCGGCCGCUUUCAGAGCCGCUCCGUAACACGCAUUCCAUGUGCCCGUUCCGCAUGCACUGGCGUAGCAGCAAGCCAGCACUGAAGCCUGAAUUUGCCGGCGAGGCGCAGCAACCACGUCGACGUCGCACUCGUCGUCGUCCUCAUCCACCGCCUUCUCUGCCUCAUCCAUGUCGUCCAGAGGAUGAGUGCGACAGUGUCGUGGAGCUCCCUGGCGGCGAUGGUGGCGUGGCCGAGCUCUCUGGCAGCGAUGGGUGCGGCAGCGAGUUGGAGCUCACUGGCGGGCGGGGACGUCGAGUUGGAGCUCCCUGGCGGCGAUGGUGGCGUGGCCGAGCUCUCUGGCAGCGAUGGGUGCGGCAGCGAGUUGGAGCUCACUGGCGGGCGGGGACGUCGAGUUGGAGCUCCCUGGCGGACAGCAAGUUGGAGCUCCCUGGUGGGUACGACGUGAGAAAUGAUGAAGGUUUUCCAUUCGAGCGAGGAGACGAACUGUCUUGUUUCCAUUUUGCCAAUUGCCGCGGCUUACCUUCCAUUUUGGUGAAACCAGAGUAUGUUGUAGUAUUGCUAAGGAACGGGAGGCACAAGGAUGAGGCUGCAAAGGAGCUACAUGUUUUUUUAGGCGAUGACAAUGAUGCAUUUGUAUCCUGGUUGUGGGAUCAUCUGUCCUCAAAUUUGCACCUUUAUGUUCAACCUAAAGCUGCCUCUUCUAAGGAUGACACUAGAAGCAGUCACAAUGCUGCCAGAGGAUUGCCUGUUCACAGUGUGAUAAGCAGCACACAAGUUAAUCAUGAACCUGAAGCUGAAACCCAGAAGACAGUGAUAACUCAUAAAAAAAAAGAUUGGGGUCAUCGAAAAAGAGAUUGGGGAACAAUCGGUCGAGGUCAAUCAGAAACAGUUCCUCUUAGAAGCGUUGUCGACAAUGUUUCUCUUGCAAAGGAGAAGGAUCUUCAUGAGUCACAUGCAGAUGAAAAGGCUUUUCAUAAAUCACAUUCUGUAAGACGAACCCGCUCUCCUGACAUGCAUAACCACAGAAAGAGGAGCAGAGAGGCAGAUGUGCGGUCUACUAAGAGUGCAACACACCCAGUUAAUGGUGCACCACGUCGGCUUCUUCAGUUUGCUGUUCGUGAUGCUGUCAGAACUGUGCCCCCAGUUACUUCUGGUUCAGAAUCAGCUUCCAAGCGACUUUGUUCUGUAGUGUCUACAUUGGCUUCAGAUUCCACACUUGAUAUUACUCAUAUUAGGUUACAGAAAACAAAUUCAGAUUUGAGAAUACCAGUUGCCACAGCAGCACUAAGAGCUGCAGCUGAGGCUGCUGAAGAUGCUCUCAAGGAUAGCUUUUGUGGAAGUGUUUUUAGUAGAUUGGGCAGAAUGCCCACAAUAAAUUCUAGUGAACAAUCACCUGAUCGUAGAUCACAAGAUCUUGAAGGCAAAGAAUAUGAGAAUAUAGAUAACAUACAAGCUGAAAAUCAAGUUGAAUUUUAUGGAAGAAAUCAACAUGGUGGCAGUGAUGUUUACAUGCGUGAUCGGAGAACAGAGGAAGCCACAGGUUCUCUUUCUAAUAUUGAUGAGUAUGGUCACAACAGUUCUGUUAGGUAUAAUGGAUUGGGUUCUCUCCGAAGUGCAUUGCCUGCUAGUGGAGGUAAAGAGUCAUUAGUACUGGGGUACGUAAGAGGAGCUUCUGAAGUACGAAGCGGAAGAUUGAUAGCUCAGGGGCCACCUGCUGGUUCAGGACCAAGAUCAUCUGAAAAGAUCCUAAAUGUUUCUGGUAACACUAAGACACAGAAGCUUCGAACUCAUGUAACUAGGGAUGCCCUUGCAUUUGACCCUCAAGUGCCAAUGGAGAAGGUUUCUGGUGCAAGGAAGUCGAUAGGUCAGGGGCCACAUGCUGGUUCAGGACCAAGACCAUCUGAAAGGAUUCUAAAUGUUUCUGGUAACACUAACACACAGAAGCUUCCAACUCAUGUAACUAGGGAUGACCUUGCAUUUGACCCUCAAGUGCCAAUGGAGAAGGUUGCUGAUGCAAGGAAAUCACAUGUGAAGAUUGCACAUGCUAACGAUAUGUCCAUGACAACUGAUAAGUCCAAAGAUUUGAUACAGUCAAGUUCAAUGCUGGAGGCACAAAAGGCUACAUCAGGUGCUGCUGGAUCAAAUACUACAGGUCAACCCGAAGGUGGCUCUGAUUCUAGAACUGUCUUUGUUAGCAACGUACAUUUUGGUGCAACAAAAGAUGCUCUUUCUCGACACUUCAAUAAGUUUGGAGCGAUCUUGAAGACCCAUAUUGUGACCGAUGGUGUCACUGGUCAGUCAACUGGCUCAGCGUAUAUUGAGUUCUUGCACAAAGAAUCAGCAGAGCAGGCGUUAACCCUGAACGGGGCAUCAUUUAUGUUACGCAUUUUGAAGGUCGUUCGGAAAAACUCCACUGAAGCAACCCGAUCGCCUGGCUUGCUUCGUGUUUCGCGGGGAUCACCAUUUGCUUCAAGGCUCAUUAGAACUGCAUACCCAAGGCCAACGUUUCCUGGUGCAAUCCGUGGACGACUGCCACUCAGGGGUGUUGCCCAGAGCUUACAGUGGAAGCGCAGUGCCACAGAUUCCUCAAAUGCUGUAAAACCAAGUCAGGCUGCACCUUCAGCUCCUGGGAAUCAGUUGGUCACCCCGACCCCACGAAGCUUCACCUACACACGCACGGAGCCAAAACCAAAUGACGGUGCGAUGGCUUGACUGCUCAGCUGCAGCAUGCCGCAGCUCCUGAUGAAUCUCGCAGAAAGAGUUCGUGAUACUGUUACGUGGUUCAUUCAGCUGCUUUUGGUAAAUAUUUAAGUAGCUGCAGAUGUUAGUUUGUAGCAGGCUGGUUUUUGUGGACCAAAACCUUUGAGCGAUAUUCUGUGAGGUUUUCUGUGCUGUUUUUCACCGUCAGCACAUAUUCUGUGCUGGCUGGCUGUUCGGAGUUCGUGGAUGGAGAGUAAAAUAUAUAUAAAAAAAGUGGUAGUAAAGGAAAACACGGACGCGAUAAAAACGUUGCAACAUUUGUUAUUAUUUUUUGAUGGAUUAUUUAGCCUCCACGGUUUCCUUGUCAA